GAAAAGUUUAGGAUUUUUUUUAUGCAUGCAGUAUACUAUUUUUUUUUCUGUACACCAAAUGUCAAAAUGUUUGUUUUAUAAAUAAAUAAUGAUAUUAAUUGUGAUAAAGGAUUUUAAACAAAAAGUCACCUAUGCGUCCUCUUUGAGCAGACCCGUGAUGACGUGAUUCCUCCGGAAGUGACCUGUGUUUGUGUGCGGCUUACUGCGCGUACCGCGACUUUUUGCACGCAGUAUAGUAGCGGUAUAGUUAGUGUACUUCUGAACCUCGUUUAUUAACCCGAAGACAGAACUCUAUGAGCGUCGUGGCGUUUCUCCUCGAUCGGGUUUGAAUAGUCUUGGUCCAGCUCCUGUCAGCUUCUCAGGGCAUAGACAACAUGAACAUACUGCGUUCGAGGUUGGACCCAGCAUGGAUCAGAUCAACCUUGAAUCCGUGGGUGAUGAUGACAUCUAUGUCGUGUUCAAAGGUCAUGCUAUCCACUCUUCCUCCAGAGCCAGUCAUUGCCUCCAAGAAGCCUUAUAAAGUUGAGCUUGUUGGUGGGAAGCGGUACUCCUGGUGUACCUGUGGACACAGCAAGAAACAGCCUUUCUGUGAUGGUUCCCACAAGACUAAAGCCCAGGGUCUGGGUCCCCACCGCUUUGUGCCAGAGAAAGACUCGACAGUGUGGCUGUGUGGUUGCAAGUACACCAACAAUCCACCUUUCUGUGAUGGCACGCACAAAUCGGAGUUCAUCCAAUGUUCUCCACUGGCUGAGGAGAGUGAUGUGAAGAGCUGAGCCGACUACACGCAUGUUCCCCGACCCUGACCUGGAAUUAAGUAGACAAAGGAACAUGUCUUCUGAAUGAAGACACACUUCUGAAUCGUUGUAUCUAAAGCCACCAUGAAAUGCUGUUCGUAUCAAAUGGGUGGAAGGCACACUUGUUAAAAUAAUUGUUAUGCACUUUAACUUGAUUCCGUCGUUAUAAAUGUAUGUUCUGCAAUAAGUAUACAUUUCAGGAAUCAGAAGAAAAAAAACGGUUUGUUUAGUAUUUAUUCAGGUCUAUUCACUUGCAUUAAAGCUGAGCCUCAUAUUUAUCAAUAUAUUUGAUUUCUUAGCACUGAAUGUUUUGAAGAUAUUACACUGAAAUUCUCCAAUUUCUGAAACAUUUACAAAUGUAUAAAGGACAUCUAUAAGACUAACACACUCUUGAGUGUACAGAACUAGAACAUUAAAAGCUGUCUGAUUAAUGCACAUUGAUUAAUCAUCGAUACACUUAAACAAAAAACCCUUCACAGCUGACAAACAGGGUAAGUAAACAUUUUAUUGACCUAAAACAUGCACACGUCUGGAAAAAACAGGUGGGUUCAAAGAAAACAAUGAAUGGGCAUGGAUGGAAAAUACCACAGAGUUUAAUAUUUCAGUCGCUUCAAUUUUUUCUCCCAGAACAUUUGAACAAUGACUUCGGCAGGUAUCAUGGUAGUGCUUGGAGUACAAGAUAAUGUUUUUUCCAACACGGCGGCACUCGGGUAACGUGGACAGAUUUUGUGAUUGACCGAGCACAUUUUGUAAUGCAAUGCGUUCUUCGUCAGUCGUGGGGUUUACAGUACCAAUUGAGUGGUUGUUAUGCCACUUUUUUUUUUAUACAGUAGUAACAGGAACUUCAAAAUGCGAUAUUUGACGGGGACUUGUGCCGCAAUGCCAACGAAGCAUCUGGUCUUCACAUCGUCGCCAAAUCUGAUGAACACUGAUGAACCGUCGGGAAAACAGACCUACAUCAUAUACAAUACAAAACAAUUAUGUUGUAUAAAAGAUAGUUUAUACAUAUGUAUACACACAUGCUUACAUUCUAUACAUACUGUACAGUUUGUAUGUGUGCAUUGUCCUACCCUAACACACAUAACCACACGCACACAUACACAAGAGUCUAUUUGGC